CGCGCCGCCGCCCGCCCGGCCCCGCCCUCGCCCCCGCGCAGGCGCAGCGGGGCCGCGGGCAGCUGCUGCGGGGGCACCGAGAGGGGUCGAGGGCGCCGCCAUGUUGUGGUCGCGCUGCCCGCCCUGCGCCACAGCACGUCAGUGCUUUCAUGCUCUUAAGUUGAUAAAGAGAGACUGCCUUCCGUCACUGCACGCAGCAAGAUGUGCCUCUACUGCCGUUGUGCCUCGCAUAACUACGCAUUACACGAUUCAUCCACGGGACAAAGACAAACGAUGGGAAGGGGUAAACAUGGAGAGAUUUGCAGAGGAAGCUGAUGUUGUCAUUGUUGGAGCAGGCCCUGCAGGUCUUUCUGCAGCUAUUCGACUCAAACAGUUAGCUGCUGAGCAUGGCAAAGAAGUACGUGUUUGUCUGGUGGAAAAGGCUUCCCAAAUUGGUGCACAUACACUGUCUGGUGCUUGUCUUGAGCCAAGGUCCCUGCAAGAACUAUUUCCAGACUGGAAGGAGCGGGGGGCUCCGCUUCAUACUCCUGUAACUGAAGACAAGUUUGGAAUUUUAACGAAGAAGUCUAGAAUUCCAGUGCCAAUUCUUCCAGGACUUCCAAUGGUUAAUCAUGGGAAUUACAUAGUACGUCUGGGACACUUUGUGAGCUGGUUAGGUGAACAAGCAGAAGCUUUGGGUGUUGAGUUGUAUCCAGGCUAUGCAGCAGCUGAGGUUCUUUUUCAUGAAGAUGGUAGUGUGAAAGGGAUAGCUACUAAUGAUGUGGGCAUUCAAAAGGAUGGAGCACCUAAACCUACCUUUGAACGAGGCUUGGAACUCCAUGCUAAGGUCACAAUCUUUGCUGAAGGUUGUCACGGACAUCUGGCCAAACAGCUGUACAAAAAAUACAACCUCAGGGAGAACUGUCAAGCCCAGAGCUAUGGCAUUGGAUUGAAAGAGUUAUGGAUUAUUGAUGAAAAGAAGUGGAAACCAGGAAGAGUAGAACAUACCGUAGGCUGGCCUUUAGACAGACAUACGUAUGGAGGAUCCUUUCUUUAUCACUUAAAUGAGGGUGAACCCUUAGUUGCUCUUGGAUUUGUGGUUGGUUUAGAUUAUCAAAAUCCCUAUUUGAAUCCGUUUAGGGAGUUUCAGAGGUGGAAGCACCAUCCGAGUGUAGAGCCCACUUUGGAGGGUGGAAAAAGGAUUGCAUAUGGUGCCAGAGCAUUGAAUGAAGGCGGUCUCCAGUCAAUACCCAAGCUUACCUUCCCAGGUGGAUUAUUAAUUGGUUGCAGUCCUGGACUCAUGAAUGUUCCUAAGAUCAAAGGGACCCACACUGCAAUGAAAAGUGGCAUGUUGGCUUCAGAAGCCAUCUUUAGCCAAUUAACGAAUGAGAAUCUGCAGUCAAAGACAAUAGGACUUGAUGUGCAAGAAUAUGAAGAGAACCUGAAAAAGUCCUGGGUCUGGAAAGAGCUGUAUGCAGUUAGAAACAUCCGCCCGUCCUGCCACAGCAUACUGGGUGUGUAUGGAGGAAUGAUUUACACAGGGAUAUUUUAUUGGCUACUGAGAGGAAAGGAACCAUGGACAUUAAAACAUCCAGGACCAGAUUUCGCUCAGCUCAAGCCAGCCAAAGAUUGUACUCCUAUCGAAUACCCAAAGCCUGAUGGAAAAAUCAGUUUUGAUCUCCUAUCAUCUGUGGCUUUAAGUGGUACAAAUCACGAACAUGACCAGCCCGCUCAUUUGACUUUGAAAGAUGACAGCGUCCCUGUGAGCAAGAAUUUGGCUAUAUUCGAUGGACCGGAACAAAGAUUUUGCCCAGCAGGUGUUUACGAAUAUGUUCCUCUGGAAACAGGAGAAGGAUCAAGACUGCAGAUAAAUGCUCAGAACUGUGUCCACUGCAAAACGUGUGAUAUUAAAGACCCAAGUCAGAACAUUAACUGGGUAGUGCCUGAAGGAGGAGGAGGACCAGCUUAUAACGGGAUGUGAAGUGGCUGAGAACUAUUCAGUGACUUCUGAUCACCAGCAGAAAAGUUGGAGUAUUUUAUGCUGCAGUGUAAAGUACAGCACUGACUUGAAUGUUAGAGAGUUUUGAGACUAACAUGCCAUUCUGAAGUUUAGGUAUGACCACUGCAUUAAAUGGAAGGUGGGUGCAUUCUGGUUAAACCCUAGCCUUAUUUAAAUAGAACUUCUUUUCAGGAGUUGGGUGGCAGGAAGAAGAAAGUUCUUCUUAGGACUGACAGAUGCAUUUUGGACCUUGGAUUUAUUGCUGAAGUUCAGUGAUGACAGGAGCCAUAUCCAGAAUCAGGGGUGUAAUGGAAAAGUUUAGUACCUAUCC